CACUCUGAAGCCAGGUUUUGCGGCAAUUGACUUUAUUUAUCUUCAGAGUCCAUUCUCUGACCCUCUCCUACAGAGGCGGGUAUCGAUCGAACAUUAUACUGGUAACGCUACUCCGACGUCCGGCGGAGCUGCUCACAUACGAGUUUCCUGCGGCCAGAGAAAUGGAAAAAAGCGGAAUGAGCAGGAGAUGUGGGCUGAACGCUGACUCGUCCCAGUUCACUCUGGAUGGGAAGCCGAUCCGCAUCCUGGGGGGCUCCAUGCACUACUUCCGUGUGCCGAGGGCCUACUGGAAUGACCGCAUGCUGAAGAUGAAAGCCUGCGGGCUCAACACCAUCACCACGUAUGUGCCCUGGAAUCUGCAUGAACCGGAGAGAGGAGUCUUCAAUUUCCGAGGGCAGCUGGACCUCCUGACGUUCAUCAAUGAGGCAGCGCAGGUGGGACUCUGGGUGAUCCUGCGUCCGGGACCCUACAUCUGUGCUGAGUGGGACCUAGGAGGCCUGCCCAGCUGGCUUCUGCGUGACCGAAACAUGACGCUGAGAACAACCUACGCAGGUUUCACAGAGGCGGUGAACUCCUACUUCGAUGAACUCGUCCCCAGACUUGUACCAGUACAGUUCAGCAGGGGAGGUCCCAUAAUUGCUGUUCAAGUGGAGAAUGAAUAUGGAAGUUAUGCAAAGGAUGAUCAAUAUAUGUCUUUCAUAAAAAAUGCACUGGAGUCCAGGGGAAUUUGUGAACUUCUGUUAACUUCAGACAACCGAGAAGGCUUCCAGAGUGGAGGUGUUAAUGGAGCUCUGAGAACCAUCAACUUUCAAAAACUUACAUCUGGAAUGAUAAAACAUCUGGAUCACCUGCAGCCCCAGAGGGCCAAACUGGUGAUGGAGUACUGGUCUGGGUGGUUUGAUGUCUGGGGAGAGGACCAUCAUACCUUCAGUGCUGAGGAUAUGGUUUCUGUGGUCAGGGAGGUUCUGAAACAGGGCAUGUCUAUCAAUAUUUACAUGUUCCAUGGUGGAACCAAUUUUGGAUUCAUGAAUGGAGCAGUGGACUAUGGGACCUAUAAACCACAGAUCACUAGCUAUGAUUAUGAUGCACCCCUGUCAGAAGCUGGGGACUACACCAAAAAGUACCAUCUUCUUAGAAGUUUGUUCAGUAGUUACCAAAUGUCAGGUGAAAACUUACCUGAGAUACCAGCUCUUCAGCCAAAGAAAGUAUAUGAAGCAGUUGCUAUUAACCAGCACUUGCCACUGUGGGAGACGCUGCAGUUCACAGAGCCUCACCAGUCUGAAAGUCCUGUCAAUAUGGAGAACCUCCCCAUAAACGACGGCAGCGGCCAGUCCUAUGGGUACACGCUGUACGAGACCACGAUCGCCACAGGAGGAACCCUCAACUCCAGGAACAAUGUCCGUGACAGAGCUCUGGUUUAUGCGGAUUCGCUUUUCAUUGGUGUCCUUGAUUAUAAGACCCAAAAGCUCACUGUGCCUAAUGGAAAGGGCGAUCAAAAGUUGCGUUUGCUUCUGGAAAACUGUGGAAGAGUGAAUUAUGGGAAAGCCUUGAACUAUCAGCGUAAAGGUUUGAUAGGUGAUAUUGUAUUGAACAAUGUCCCACUGAAAGACUUUACCCAUUACACUCUGGAUAUGAAGCCUGCAUUUAUAGAUAGACUGGGUGCUGUCUCCUGGGCACUGGACACAAGCAAACCCACCUUCCCAGGAUUCUUUCGGGGGAGCUUGUGGGUGGAAGGUUGCCCCGCUGACACCUUUGUCAAGCUGCCGGACUGGAGUAAAGGGGUUGUCUUCGUAAAUGGACAGAAUCUCGGACGCUACUGGCCCAUUGGACCCCAGAAAACUCUCUAUCUUCCAGGUCCUUGGCUCAAGAGUGGAACAAAUCAGGUCAUUGUGUUUGAAGAGCAGAAAGCUGGGGAUGAAAUCCAUUUCACUGACCUCCCCAACCUGGGAAAAAACGCUGAUGUAAACUGACACCCUUUUUGUUUCUUCACAUAAACUGUAAAUAAAUGGAAAUCAGUUUCCAUUGAUCCUAUUAAUAAUUCCUGUCUUGGAAUAUCUGUCUCUAGUUUUGGGGCCUUUAAUCUCUUUUGCACUUAUUGUUUGGUUGGUUUUGUUGCCUGCAUUGCUACACUUGUACUGUAAAUCAUAAAACUGCUUGGUUUAAUCUCUGCAGUAUGUUAGCCUGUCACUCCUGCCAAGUCAUAUUGGGUUUUCCUGGAAAGGCUUCAUAAUUUCUGGAAAUUAAUUUGAGGACUUUCCUGUAUUAUCUGUACAAACAUAGUGUCCAUGUGGCUUUUCAGUUUAGACUGGAGGUAAAACUUUUUUUUUUAUUUCUAUCUUCACCACAGGUACCAAAUAAAGUGCCAUCGGUGUUCCUGCAACAAUGUGUAAAACUAUGUACUGACUGUUUUAAAAUGUUAGAACAAUAUUG